AUGCCAAUGACCAAUCAAGGAUGGCCUGAGGAGUUUGGCUUUCGGAUUGGAGGGAAUGGUCCAUGCUACAUCCUCCAGGUAGAAGAAGGAAGCAGUGCCUGUCUGGCUGGACUCCAGCCUGGAGAUCAGAUCCUGGAGAUUGAAGGCCAACCAGUAACCUCCCUGAAUUGCCAGAGCCUGGUGACCUUCGCUCAGCAGUGUGAGAACGUACCUCCCAGCAUUGGAGUGGUGUCCCGGGUCCAGCAGAUUGAGCUUCCUCCUGGUCCUGAUGGUAGCUUUGGUUUUACCCUGUUGAGAGGCAUCCCCCUGCAAGUGGGGAACAUUAACACUGGCUCCCCCGCAGAAGAGGCUGGCCUUAAGGCUGAAGAUUACAUUCUAGAGAUUAACGGCAUCCCUAGCCCUGAAGCCGUGCACCUGGAGAGGAGGCACAAGGCCAAGGAGUUCAACAAAAAGGUGGAUGAAAUCCUUGGGGAUCAGCCAGAGUUGAAGGAAAAAGUGUUUGCUGUUUUAAAGCAGUACGCUUCAGAGCGGAAGGUGGACUAUUUAGCUUAUGCUCUCUCCAUGAUUCUCACCAGUGAGGAUCAUCAGAUGCUCAUUGACAACAUCAGGAUUUUCAUCCCCAAGAAGCACCGGCAGCGUUUUGAUGAGGUUGUGUCUCAGAGUCUCAUCAGCAAGCUCUGCCGGACCAAGAGGGAGCAGCAUACGCACCGGCUCCGCCGCAGCCGCAGUGAGGACCACCCUGAGCGCCUGAUGGUGUCUACGCGGGCCAGCUCAGUGCCACGAGGUCCAGAAGAUGUGGGAAAGGGACUGAGGAAAACCACCUCUCUUAUUGCCAGCAGAGUUGGCUCAGGUGCUGCCCGCAGGACAGUUCGAGUGUACAAAGGCAACAAAAGUUUUGGCUUCACACUUCGUGGUCAUGCCCCAGUGUGGAUAGAGUCUGUCCUGCCUGGGAGUCCAGCUGAAAACGCUUCCCUCAAGCCUGGGGACCGCAUCUUAUUCCUUAAUGGAUUGGAUAUGAGGAACUGCUCUCAUGACAAGGUGGUGUCCAUGUUGCAGGGCAGUGGGGCAAUGCCGACUCUCGUGGUGGAAGAAGGAUUGGUCCCGUUCCCCAGUGACUCAGAUUCUCUGGAUUCUCCCAACCCCUCCUCAGCACUGACUUCCCUGCAGUGGGUGGCAGAGAUCUUGCCUGGAAGCAUCCGAAUCCAGGGCAAGACAUUCGGCCAACAGUUGGAGCACCUGCUGACCCCUUCAGAGCGCUACACCAUCUGCAGAGCCCUAGAAUGCUUCUUCCAACACAGGAACAUCGAUACCCUCAUUGUAGAUAUCUAUCCUGUGCUGGACACUCCAGCCAAACAUGUCCUGUGGCAGUUCAUCUACCAACUGCUGACCUAUGAGGAGCAGGAGCACUGCCAGCAGAAGAUUGCUCGGUUUCUGGGCUACAAGUCUAUGACGGCAGAGCCAAAGCCAGAUUUGAACUUAGAAAGAUGAAGCGAGACAGAAGAGAGACCUCAGAGUUCCCUGCGGAUGGCCUCCAUGUGCCGGGGGAGUAUGAGAAAUCAGGGUUCAGAGGGAGCCAGCAGUGGAGGUCCCAGUGAAAGUGUGGAAAUUCCUAUUCCUGUGACUCCUGGAGAGCGCCAGGCUGGGGAUGGCACAUCCCUUCCAGAAACCCCAAACCCUAAAAUGAUGUCGGCUGUUUAUGCAGAGCUAGAAACCCGGUUGAGCAGUAGCUUCAAAGGAAAAAUGGGAAGUAUAUCCAAACCCAGAGCUUCCCCCCCAGUGGUAGAUCCACCAAAUAUCCCAGGGGCGCGGAAGUCUGGGUCAAUCAUCUCAUGGCCGAAUGACCCUCUCCCACCCCAGCCCUGCUAUUAUCAUCCAUGCCCCGGGAGCCUCCCCUCCCCGAGCAGCACAGAAUCCCAUCCCUACGUCAGCCUGGACAGCAGCCCAGCCCCUUCGCCCCAGCUCACAGCCAUGGCCAGCAGCCCCAGCCCCCCCACCUGCAGGAAAAAACUCUUCACUUUCUCAAGACCACCGCGGAGUCGGGACACAGACCGCUUCCUGGAUGCUCUCAGUGCGCAGCUGGGUGCCCGGGUUACCAUGGUGGAUGACUUUCUCACCCCUGAGAAUGACUACGAAGAGAUGAGUUUCCUUGAUGACCAGGGCAGCUGCGUGACCAACGAGUUAAGCAGUGCCAGCGAGUAUGUCAGCAGCAGUGAGGAGGGCAGCUCGCUGACCUACUCCUCCAUCUCUGACCACAUCCCCCCGCCGCCUCUCAGCCCGCCUCCUCCACCCCCACUCCAAUUCCAUGACCCCAAACCAGGCCCCCGGAACAUGGAUGGCCCUCUUAACACUGCCACACUGGCCAAGCCACUGGGGGCCCACUCCCACCAAGUCCCUCCCCCUCCUCCACCCCCUCUUCCUCCACCGGUCCCCUGCGCUCCCCCACUGCUGCACCGAGGCCUUGCACAUCGCCGCAGUGAAUCGAACCAUAUGAGCGUCAAACGUCUUCGGUGGGAGCAGGUGGAAAACUCAGAAGGCACUAUAUGGGGCCAGCUCGGGGAAGAUUCGGAUUAUGACAAAUUGAAUGACAUGGUGAAAUAUUUAGACCUGGAACUCCACUUUGGGACCCAGAAGCCGGCAAAGCCAACCCUUGCACCUGAGCCCUUUAAAAAGAAAGAUGUGGUCGAGAUUUUGUCUCAUAAGAAGGCCUAUAAUACAUCUAUACUCAUUGCUCACCUGAAGCUGUCUCCACCCGAGCUCCGUCAGAUCCUCAUGAACAUGGAGAGCGAGAGGCUGGAGCCCUCCCACCUCAAGCAGCUCCUUCUGUAUGCUCCCGAUGCCGAGGAAGAAAAGCGCUACCAGGGCUACAGGGAUACCCCCAGCCAGCUGAGCGAGCCUGACCAGUUUGUCCUGCAGAUGCUGUCUGUCCCAGAAUAUAAAACCCGGCUGCGAAGCCUUCACUUCAAGACUACCCUGCAGGAGAAAACUGAGGAGAUCAAAGGUAGCUAUGAGUGUGUGCACCAGGCCUCCCUGGAGCUCAAGAACAGCAAGAAGCUUGCCAAGAUCCUAGAGUUCGUACUUGAUGGUAACUAUCUCAACAAUGGACAGCCCAAGACCAACAAGAACGGCUUCAAGAUCAACUUCCUAACUGAGCUGAACUCAACUAAAACAGUAGAUGGGAAAUCCACCUUCCUACACAUUCUUGCCAAAUCACUGAGCCAACACUUCCCUGAACUCCUGGGAUUUGCCAAGGACCUUCCCACUGUGCCCCUUGCUGCCAAAGUGAACCAGAGGAUGUUAACUACCGACCUCACUGACCUGCACAUCACCAUCAGCGAGAUCCAGACGGCUUGCCAGAAAAUGCCUGCCACCAGCGAUGACAAGUUUGCUGUGGUCAUGACUUCCUUCCUGGAGAUGGCCCAGCCUGCUGUGCGGGCUCUCGAUACCCUUCAGCACAAGGCGAUGGAGGAGUUUAGCAGGGUGCUGUCAUUUUUUGGCGAAGACUCCAAAGUCACCACUUCUGAAGCCUUUUUUGGCAUCUUUGCAGAGUUUAUGAGCAAGUUCGAGCGGGCAUUCAGUGACGUGCAGGUGUGUGAGAGCCAGCGUAGCUCAGGAAUGGCCUCGCCCCUGGCCUGGUAG